GAUCCGCAGUCAUUCGUGUCGCGGGCUUUGAAAGAAGCAGAUCGGAAGUGACGGCUACGGAUUGUGGACUUUAUAUACCAUAUACCACGGGCGAAGGGAUUACGCGAGAAGGAUACGCGAUGAGGCAGCUGCUAGUUUGCGUGUUGAUCUGCGGACUGUUUUACUUUUCCGAAGGCAAACCGUGCCCUGAAAAGACACGCCCCCACAAAACCCGCUGCGACGCCUUCUACAAGUGCCGGGAACUGCCCUCCAACUCGCACGUUUGGAUCCCUGUGAAGUGCAACGAGGGACUGGUCUACGAGUCCAGUCUGGGCAGCUGCGUCCUGCCCGGCGAGGACUGGGAGUGCCUUACUCCCAGUGAGAUGAGCUCCACUCAGUCGCCGGCGAAACUAGAUGCGGACAUCUUGAUAUCCAACGACAUGGAUGAGGCGGGUCUACUACUGACAGAAUCCAGCCACAGGGACGACGGCACCGUGGAAAUUGUCUUGGAUUCCGCACUCAGUAGCGAGGAGGAUGGGGAGGCGGCCAAGAACAAGCCCACUUCGGAUGAGGAUAUGUCCACCAGUCAGAACUUCGACUCCAGCGGCGAUGGCGAGCUGGUGGAACUGGAUUCGCCGGCUGCCUUAAAGCCUGAGACUCGCGAGGAGGCGGUGACCCCCAGCGACAUGGAGCACCGAACAGAGGUGGAAAAACUAAAAACGGAACUCAAGCAGGUCGCUGGCAUCAGUGAAAUAGCCAAGCCGGGUUCCCCCAUCGAUCCCAAUCUCACUGCCCAUCUGCAGAGAUUAUCCCAGCUGAUUGAUGGAUUGCAGCAAACGUACCAAAAAACGGAUAAAACACAGGCGGAAAUGCGUCCGGAUCAGCUGAAUGCCUUCCUGGCUCACUUUGAUAUCAAAAAUCGCUACGAGAUGAUGAACCCCAUGGAACAGACCUCCCAGAGCACCACCGUUGGCACGACUAGUACCACAGAGGCACCAAAAACCACGCCCAAGCUACCGCAGCCACAUUCGAACAAGACCCGCCUGCAGGAGCACCUCAGUCACCACCGCAUGGAGCCGGAGACCAAGCUGAUGCUGAGCAAUGCCCUGCCCUAUUCCGCUCAUGGGACCACUGGCCAGGGCUAUGCCAACUCCCAGAUAGUGGUGAAUCGUCCCGAGGGUUCUGUGAUGUUUGCCCUGCCCUCCGGCUAUGGGAUGAGCCAGGAACAGGGUGCUAGUCCCUACUCCAACCACCAUCCCGUUCAGAGUCACGAGUACAGCGACCAUGAGCCCAAGAUAUCGGAGGACACCCUGAAGACUGUGCUGGAGCUAUCGAAGCAAAUGAUUGCCGCCCAAAACUUGCCCAAAGUGCUGCCCAACCCGGGAUUCAAUGGUGCCUACUAUCAGCCGAUUAUACAGCCUCUCUUCGUUUCCCCCCAAGGCAAUCCCUUCCAGCAAUACUAUGGCAUGCCACCUCCCCUGACUCCCAACUACAACUACAUGCAGCACAAGAAGCACUCAUCGGGGGGAGGAAGUUCCUCGAACAAUGGCUACAACAAGCCCAGCACUACCAUCAUCCACAACAAUGUGAUACCCGUGCACUUGUCCAGCACAAGUUCGGGGGAAAAGGAGGUGCUGGAUUCUUAUGGCAAUAGCUUGGGGGUGUAUCCCAGCAUGGACAAGCAUGUGACCGCCAGUCAGCCCAGUGGCAUGGAGUAUAUGACCACGGGAAGACCCAUCUCGGCUACUCCCACAGCUAGUACCUACUCCUCGCAGUUUGGCUCCCAAUCCCCGUUUGCCAGCGACUACACCCUGACCACUCCGCGACCCUUCGAACAUCAUCCCUCUCCCGCCACAGUGGCCAACUACUACACUCCAAGUCCCCACCUGGGCGAGCACAAUGCCAACAGGGUCUACCAACCCACCGAGUCAUAUCCCACGAUGAAUAUGCCCCGACCCAUGGAUAUGUUUCCAGGACAAAUCGAAGCGGAUAGGGUGAGCAUUCGUCCCAAUUCGCAGAAAAUCGAAAGCAUGGAGAUGGACGAGGAGAUGAUUAAGGCCAACUAUCAGAGUGGUUCUGAAUAUGCAAAUGGUAAUGGCAACGGGAAUGGGAACACUCUUCCUCACGUACUGACCUACAGCAGCGACAUGAGCCCGCAAUUAGCACCUGGCCAUGGGUAUCUGGAGCAGAGUUAUAGCCACCAGCAGCAUCAGCAGCACCAGCAGCAGCACCACCAUCAUCCAUAUAUGCCCAGGCCCACGAUGAGCAGCAGUAUUUAUAGCGACUCGGAUGGCAAUAUGGAGAUGAGCAUGUUCACCAGCAGUCCAAAUAUAAACCCCUUCAAGGGGGACAGCUUGAAGUACCCGGGUGGCACGAACUCCCCAGGCAAUGGCCAGUUGGUGAACUUCAAUGGCAACUUCAUCAGCCUGGAUGUCUUCCAGAAAUCCAUACUGCCACUGAUGACCAAGUCACCUUCGGCCCUGAAUGAACUGGGCAAUGUGGAGGUCAUCACAUGCCAGGCGGGAGUGAGGCAGCCGAAUCAAACGGACUGCACGCGAUACUUCGUGUGCAGCAAGAAGGAUGGCAAGGUCCUGUCCUACUCCUGUCCACCCUACACGGGCUUCAAUAAGCAGACCAGGAUAUGCGACGCCCCCACAUACGCCCAGUGCAGCAAUGUGCUGCCCGCCUUCGGUGGCUAUACCAUAGACAGCAAUAGACGCCUCCAGAUGGAGGCCAUCAAGAUGCUGAGCGAGGCCAAGCGAAGGCAGGAGGCUGCCCUGAAGGCCCAGAGCAUAGCCAGUCUGCUCCAGCAAUAUGGCAGCACUCAGCAGGCGGCACCUGCUGGAAUCUCCGCGAACAUAGAAGCGGAUCCCCUGGACUCCUUUGUGGUUAACCUGCCGGAGGUCAGUUUGGCCACCACCACCACCAGCAGACCCACCAUCAUCCAGAGCAGCAAUGGCUUGGGUGGCGGUUCCUCGGGAUCAUCGACGGCCAAGAAGAGGAAGUACUACUGCAAGGAGGGGGAUAAGAUACCCGAUCAGACCUCCAUUUCCAGCUACUUUGUGUGCUACAAGAACGCCCAGGGCCAGAUGAAGGGCCACAAGAUGAGCUGCUCCAAGAGCCUGCUCUUCUGCCCCAAAACCCUCAUGUGCACCCUCGCCUCGAAAUGUACGGACUAAUCAUGGAAGGUCUACGCUUUUGAGAAUUUUUCCACAUUUGCCACCUUAAGUUACUUGUCUAGGCGCUAAGUUAUUUAUUCUAGUUUUAGUUGAGACCGAAACGAGAGACCCAUUAAA